AUGAAGCAGGUAGAGGCGCCGGCAGGUGGUGUGGGGCGGGGGGCGGCGGCGCGGCUCCCCCGGCCCUCCCCGCUGACGGGCUCCCCGCCGCAGGGGCUGGUGGACGACACCGAGGAUGUGUCCCUCGACUUCGGGAGCGAGGAGGAGCUGGCUCUGCGCAAAGACAAGAUCAGGCACCCACUGGCUACCUUUUUCCACCUGUUUUUCCGAGUGAGUGCCAUUGUCACCUACUUGUUGUGUGACUGGUUCAGCAACAGCUUCGUUGCCUGUUUUGUCACUAUUCUCCUCCUUCUAUCCUUUGACUUUUGGUCAGUUAAGAAUGUGACAGGAAGACUCUUGGUUGGUUUACGCUGGUGGAACCAGAUUGAUGAAGAUGGAAAAAGCCACUGGGUGUUUGAAGCAAAAAGGGUGCCUUCAAUAGCUGCCUCAACUGAAGCUGAAGCUCGAAUCUUUUGGCUUGGUCUCAUUAUCUGUCCAGUUAUUUGGACCAUGUUUUUCUUUAGCACGUUGUUCUCCUUGAAGCUGAAGUGGCUGGCUCUUGUGAUAGCUGGGAUCUCCCUUCAGACUGCUAAUUUAUAUGGCUACAUCCACUGCAAAUUAGGGGGACAAAAAAGCAUCAGCAGAGUAACCUCAAGGUUUUUUGUCACAGCAGAUGUUCCCAAGAGACAGACAAGGAGAAUAUCAGGAGACCGCACUGAGGAACAUGGGAAGACAGGCACUAAAUAAUCAAAUAAGGAAGAACAAGGAGGAUGAAUAGUAAAAUCACUCAUUUGUGAAAACUGUUCUGCAUAGGGAAGUAUUUAAGUAAAGCUCUUCUGGAAUUAUACCUGCAUGCAAUCAUGAUUUUGUCAUUUGUGUUCAAGUCUUUAGAUUCUGAAAGGUUUAGAGCCUUUGCUACUUACAAGUUUCAUCAAACAGUGGUUUAUAUAGUCACAAACCCAAUGCUUACAGUUCAUACAGAGCACACUAACACAUCUGUCAAUUAACCCCAAACUGUUGGAUUAUCUUAACGAAGAAUUAGCAUGGAAUCAGAAAACGAUUCUUGUUUGUUUUAUUUUAGAACUACAAUAAACAAAACCAAACUGCCUUUCCCUCUGGAACACAAUGCUGGUUUCUCAAACCUUUGAUUCCUCAAUAAAAACAGAGAGGAAUUAUAAUCACAAAUGGCCUCUCAAAGAUACUAAAUGCUUAUUUUUAAGUGUUCGGGCUUACAGUCAUGUAGAAGAACAAAAACCACUCAGCAAGUUCACAGAGUACUUGUGUGGAGCAGCCAGUUAUGUGUAGUUAUGGUACGUUAACCCUAUUCUGAUACCUGUAAUAAAUAAAAUACUGUACUAUAAUUAACUUACCUAAAUUACAGUAGGUUUUUACUUUAAA